AUGUCCAGCUCACAAUCCAGCAUUCACAUCCCCGCUGUGCCCGAUGUUCUCGACAGCGUCCGUCUCCGCGACAUCGAGCUUCCUCUCCCCGCAGCCCCAGACGCCUGGCACCGCCCCGACAAAGCGCAACCAUGCAUUGCCAGUCUGAAAUUAUCCUACUCAUCCGCUAUUGCCUCGGCGGCUCAAGACGAAGUCUCGCUUUCCCUGGACUACGGCAAGCUAUUCCGGCGACUUGAGGCUGAUAUUCGCAACAUGGCGCAAAUCUCUAGAAUGCAGCGCGAGGAUAUGAAAGUUAGUGCUGUGGGUCAAGACCCCCGUGUUACGGCAGGUAUCGUCGCGAACUGUGGGCUGGGGUUGCUAGAAGAUACAGCGGCUGGUGUGCGACGGAUGGAACAUGUUCAGCAGAGCCAGUGGAAUAGCUACUCGGGUGUGGGGGAACUACCUUCGAAGGCGAUUUAUGCACUUGAUAGUGAAUAUGGCACGUGUGAGGUGUGGCUACACCUGCCCAAGGCUUUGUUGCGUGCCGAGGACGGACUCAAAUACCGUAGUGUUACGGCUUGGGGCUACAAGAAGACGCCUGGAGAUGGAGAGGCGCUUGAUGUCUCUUCGCGGGCUCCGGUUGUUUUGGAGGAGGAAUUUCGCAUUGAGGGAAUCCGUUCUUAUUGCAUUUUGGGUGUGAACCCACACGAGCGUGUCGAGAAGCAAGCUGUGAUUAUUUCUCUGACGUUUGAGGGUCCUGGACAACAUGCUUGGGGAUCGACUUUCCUUGAUACUUAUCAAGCUAUGACAAGAGCUGUGGCAGAGAAAGUGGACGAGACUACGUUCUUGAGUGUUGAGGCACUGGCAACAUUUGUGGCUCGCAUUGUGACGAUGGACUUCGGUAAUGAGCGAGUUACAGUCCGAGUCGAGAAGCCCAGCGCCUUGGCAUUCGUGCAGCGAUCUGGCGUGGAGAUCACUCGAUCCCAGGCAUUCUUCCAGAAGAAUGAAGUGGCGCGGUGA